AAUGAAGAUGGGGGUGAAGGGCAAAAGCAGCUGAGCUCUCUCAUUCCUCUGCCCUUGAAUUAAAUCCCUGAGUUCAACACUUCUUUGGGGAGGCGGAGAAGGGUUAGGAACAUUGUGGAAUGAAUCCAAAGUGUGAAAUGUCACUCUAACCUUCUCUUCUGGUAGGAAUCAACAGUAGCCUUCAAUGAGGAACUGCCUUUCCCAUUUGCUGCUGGAGUUAACGGUGUUUCCUGCUGGCAGAAUCAGGGACAUGCCAGCACUGUAAGGGUUAAUCUACUGAUCCUCUUACCAGUCUCAUGGUUGGGGGUGGGGUGAGCACAGAGGAAAAGGGAGAUCUUGCUUUUCUCUUAUGGAUCUUUAGUCAUUUCAAGUCAUAGCCCACAUGCCUCCUUUCUUGUUGAUCUUUCUUACCAUAGCUUUGUUUCCUGUUUCCCCUAGUCCCCUUGUAGUUUCCUCUUAUUUCUCAUUCCCAUUCACCAUCCCCACCCACUGCCAUGGGGCUUGGAUUCUGAGCUAAUGGAAUACCCUCCACUGCAGAGCGGGAUGAGUGGGUGCUCCGGCGGGGAUGUGGUCAUUGCCGGCCAGUGAGGGCGAGAGUGCCACAGCCCACUUCUUCCUUGGAGCUGGAGAUGAGGGGCUGGGCACCCGUGGAAUAGGCAUGAAGACAGAAGAGAGUGAUGGUGAGCUCCUUGAGGAUGAGGAGGAUGAAGUGCCUCCUGAACCUCAGAUCAUUGUUGGCAUCUGUGCCAUGACCAAGAAAUCCAAGUCCAAGCCAAUGACCCAAAUCCUAGAGCGACUCUGCAGAUUUGACUACCUGACUGUUAUCAUCCUGGGAGAAGAUGUGAUCCUCAAUGAACCUGUGGAAAACUGGCCAUCCUGCCACUGUCUCAUCUCUUUCCACUCCAAAGGCUUUCCUCUGGACAAAGCUGUUGCUUACUCCAAGCUUCGAAACCCCUUUCUUAUCAAUGACCUGGCUAUGCAGUAUUACAUCCAGGAUAGGAGGGAGGUGUACCGGAUCCUGCAGGAGGAGGGUAUUGAUCUGCCUCGAUAUGCUGUGCUAAAUCGUGACCCUGCCCGGCCUGAGGAGUGCAACCUGAUAGAAGGUGAAGACCAGGUAGAGGUAAAUGGAGCUGUCUUUCCCAAGCCCUUUGUGGAGAAGCCAGUGAGUGCAGAGGACCACAAUGUUUACAUCUACUACCCCAGCUCAGCUGGAGGAGGAAGCCAGCGCCUCUUCCGUAAGAUUGGCAGCCGAAGCAGCGUUUACUCUCCUGAGAGCAGUGUCCGAAAAACAGGGUCAUACAUCUAUGAGGAGUUUAUGCCAACAGACGGCACAGAUGUCAAGGUGUAUACAGUGGGGCCAGACUAUGCCCAUGCUGAAGCCAGAAAAUCUCCAGCUUUGGAUGGGAAGGUGGAACGAGACAGUGAAGGCAAAGAGAUUCGAUAUCCAGUCAUGCUGACUGCCAUGGAAAAGCUGGUGGCCAGGAAAGUCUGCGUAGCUUUUAAGCAAACAGUUUGUGGUUUUGACCUUCUUCGUGCCAAUGGUCACUCCUUUGUGUGUGAUGUCAAUGGCUUCAGUUUUGUUAAGAAUUCAAUGAAAUACUACGAUGACUGUGCCAAGAUUCUGGGGAACACCAUAAUGCGGGAGCUUGCCCCACAGUUCCAGAUCCCAUGGUCUAUCCCCACAGAGGCUGAGGACAUUCCCAUUGUCCCUACCACAUCUGGCACUAUGAUGGAACUUCGUUGUGUCAUUGCAAUUAUCCGUCAUGGGGAUCGUACCCCUAAGCAGAAGAUGAAGAUGGAAGUGACACACUCAAGGUUUUUUAGUCUAUUUGAAAAACAUGGUGGCUACAAGACAGGGAAAUUAAAACUAAAGCGGCCCGAGCAACUACAGGAGGUGCUGGACAUCACAAGGCUGCUAUUGGGUGAACUGGAGAAAGAACCAGGUGGUGAGAUCGAGGAGAAGACUAGGAAACUAGAGCAGCUGAAGUCUGUGCUGGAGAUGUAUGGUCACUUCUCAGGCAUCAACCGGAAGGUACAGUUGACUUACUACCCUCAUGGAGUAAAAACUUCUAAUGAGGGGCAAGAUCCACAGAGGGAGGCUCUGGCCCCAUCUCUAUUGCUGGUACUGAAGUGGGGUGGAGAACUGACUCCUGCUGGCCGUGUUCAGGCUGAGGAGCUAGGGCGAGCUUUUCGCUGCAUGUACCCUGGAGGACAGGGUGACUAUGCUGGCUUCCCCGGUUGUGGGCUGCUUCGUCUCCAUAGCACUUUCCGCCAUGAUCUCAAGAUCUAUGCCUCUGAUGAGGGCCGAGUCCAGAUGACUGCUGCUGCCUUUGCCAAGGGCCUUCUGGCUCUAGAAGGGGAGCUGACACCCAUUUUGGUACAAAUGGUGAAGAGUGCCAACAUGAAUGGGCUCCUGGACAGCAAUGGUGAUUCCUUGAGCAGCUGCCAGCACCGGGUGAAGGCUCGGCUGCACCAUAUUUUGCAGCAGGAUGCACCUUUUGGCCCUGAGGAUUAUGAUCAGUUGGCUCCCACUGGAAGUACUUCCCUACUCAACUCCAUGGCUAUCAUUCAGAAUCCUGUGAAGGUCUGUGAUCAGGUAUUUGCCCUGAUUGAAAACCUCACUCACCAGAUCCGAGAACGGAUGCAGGACCCCAAGUCUGUAGACCUGCAACUCUACCACAGUGAGACACUAGAGCUAAUGCUACAGCGUUGGAGCAAGCUGGAGCAUGACUUCCGACAGAAGAGUGGGCGCUAUGAUAUCAGUAAGAUCCCUGACAUCUAUGACUGUGUCAAGUAUGAUGUGCAGCACAAUGGGAGUCUGGGACUGCAAGGCACAGCAGAGUUGCUACGUCUCUCUAAGGCAUUGGCAGAUGUGGUCAUUCCCCAGGAGUACGGGAUCAGUCGGGAGGAGAAACUGGAAAUUGCCGUGGGCUUCUGUCUUCCACUGUUGCGGAAGAUACUACUUGACCUGCAGAGAACCCACGAGGAUGAGUCUGUCAACAAGCUGCAUCCCCUGUACUCCCGAGGAGUGCUCUCCCCAGGCCGCCAUGUUCGAACACGUCUCUAUUUCACCAGUGAAAGCCAUGUCCACUCCCUACUCAGUGUAUUCCGUUAUGGGGGACUUCUUGAUGAGACCCAGGAUGCACAAUGGCAGCGAGCUUUGGCUUAUCUUAGUGCCAUCUCAGAGCUUAACUACAUGACCCAGAUUGUCAUCAUGCUUUAUGAGGACAACACACAGGAUCCCUUAUCAGAGGAGCGGUUCCAUGUGGAGCUGCACUUCAGCCCUGGAGUGAAAGGUGUUGAGGAAGAAGGCAGUGCCCCCACUGGCUAUGGAUUCCGUCCAGCCUCUUCUGAGAAUGAGGAGAUGAAAACAGACCAAGGAAGCUUGGAGAACCUGUGCCCGGGGAAGGCAUCAGAUGAGCCAGACCGAGCAUUGCAGACUUCAUCCCAGCCCUCUGAAGGCCCUGGCCUUCCAAGGAGAUCACCCCUCAUUCGUAACCGAAAAGCCGGCUCCAUGGAGGUCAUGAACAUGCAGUGCACAGGGAACCUGGACCUGAUCCCCUUGAGGGGACGGCGCCGCCGGAGGUCAGGAGACCUCCCCCGGCCUUCCCCGACCAUCAGCCUACAGCCCCAGGCUGUGUCCGCCACUCACCUGGCGUCCUGCACACAGGUGCUUUCUGAGACUUCAUCCUCGAGGCCUGGUGGCUACCGGCUCUUUUCGUCUUCACGGCCACCAACGGAGAUGAAGCAGAGUGGCUUAGGCUCACAGUGCACAGGGUUGUUCAGCACCACAGUGCUGGGUGGCUCCUCCAGCGCCCCGAAUCUUCAGGACUACGCCCGCAGCCAUGGCAAAAAGCUACCACCUGCCAGUCUGAAGCACCGAGAUGAGCUCUUGUUUGUCCCGGCUGUAAAACGAUUUUCUGUGUCGUUUGCAAAGCAUCCGACUAACGGAUUUGAAGGAUGCUCCAUGGUGCCUACCAUCUACCCCCUGGAAACACUGCAUAAUGCCCUUUCCCUGCGUCAAGUGAGUGAAUUCCUGAGUAGAGUCUGCCAGCGCCACACUGAUGCCCAAGCACAGGCAUCCGCAGCCCUCUUUGACUCUAUGCACAGCAACCAGGCCUCGGAGAGCCCAUUUUCCCCACCCCGUACUCUUCAUUCACCUACCCUACAACUCCGGCAACGCUCUGAGAAGCCCCCUUGGUACAGCAGUGGCCCUUCCAGCACUGUGUCCAGUGCUGGUCCGUCCUCCCCUACUGCAGAGGAUGGUAACUGCCAUUUUGGCUUCAGUGAUCAACCCUCCCUAAGUUCACAUGUGACGGAAGAACAUCAAGGCCUUGGGCUACUACAGGAGACCCCUGGAAAUGAAGCACAAGAGCCCCCCCUAGAAGGGGAGCAAGAGCCUUUUGAACCAAACCAGUCCCCACAGGAACUACCUGUGGAAACCAGCCAGCCAUGCCAGGAGGUUGCUGAGGAGGUCAGCCAGCCAUGCCAGGAGGUCCCUGACAUCAGCCAGGCUUUCCAGGACACCCCUGAAGAGAUCGGCCAGCUAUGCCAGGAGGUCCCUGAUAUCAACCAGCCAAGCCAGGAGAGCCAUGACACUGUUAACCAGAUAUGCCAGGAGGUCCCUCAGAUCAGCCAUCCAUGCCAGAUGGCCAGCCAGCUGUGCCAGAAAAUCUCUGAGGAAGCUUGUCAGCUUUGCCAGGAGAGCCCUGAGGAGGUCAGCCAGCCAUACGAGGUGGUCCCUGUGGAGGUUGGCAGGCUGGUCCAUAGGUUCCCUGUAGGGAUUGGUGGCCUGGUCCAGGAAAUCCUUGUGGAAGUUGGUAAGCCAAUCCAAGGGAUCCCUGAGGAGCUGAGCCAGCCAUGCCAGGAAUUCUCUGUGGAGGUUGGCAGGCUGGCCCAAGAGGCUUCUGCAAUCAAUCUGUUGUCUCAGGACAUCCAUGAAGUUGAUAAACCAUCCCAAGAGUUCCCUGGGGAGGAUGAUCUACAGGUCCAGGAGGUCCCUGAGGAGGUUAAUCAGCAGUCUUGGGUGGUCCUUGAGGUGACUGACCAGCUGCCUGGAGAGGAUGUUCCACAAGCCCAGUGUCCAUCUAGUGAUCCAAACCCUCAGAGCCAGUCUCUAGCCCUUGACCAGCACUCACCCCUUCCACCAGCAACAUGUGAUUAAUCAUUUUCUCAUUAGUGGUGUCACACUAUACCAGCCAUUUGAGCUAGCAACUUUUUCUGUGGGCUAACUCACCUGCCAGCAUAAGGCCUUGUAUCUCACCAGAGGUGUCUGAGGAAGCAGUCCUCUUGGCAUGAAGCCAAGAGCUGUGACAGAGCUGGGCUUGGAGAGGAGCCAAUUUAAUGUUCAAAGCAACCAUUGACUCCUCAGCUAGCCAUUACACUUGAAUAGGAUUUCCUUCAAGAGGUGGCCUGGUCUGUCAUUACCCCACCUCCUCUGAGCAUCCCAGGAAAUCCCAGAUUGUUAAAGGAAAUGCCACUUAACUGCUGAAGACACCAUCCGGGGAUAGCAAGUGCAACAGAGGACUCCAAGGUCUUCAUUUUUCUGGGGAUAUAUUCACAACUUCUCAAUAUUCUUCUCAAUAUUCCCUUAGACCAUAUGUGCAUUCAGGGAGACUCUUGUCUCUGCUAGCACUCCUCAGGUGGGCCCGGGAUGGCUGUCUGAAUUGUCUGGGAAAAAAGAGAGUCCCUUUCCCAAACAAACAUCUGUCAUGGCCACUAAUCUUUAGAUUGAGUUUAUGAGUGUUUCCAUAUCAUCCCCAAGUGCCCCUUCUGCCCCAGUCCUGUUCCUCUGGGCAAUAGCCCUAGGGAAAAAUAGGUAUUAGAUUGCUGUGAAAAUUUCAGAGUAACUACUUAAAAUGCUCUGGGAGUUCUUGGCCAAUCUGUGAAGCUGGGCCUCCUUUUGUUGUGGGGCUGUUUGGCUUAGGAGAGGCUGUAGUAGAGAAAAUCAGGUUCUAUUUUAAGUAAUCAUCAGAGAUCAAUAUUGUACAGACAUGAGCAAUGAUUAUAUAUAUAUUUCUGUAGUAGUGCCAGGAACAGACUGGCUAAAGACCAAACACUCCAGGGUCCCCAAGAGGUUCACCCUUAUAUCAUUGUGUCUUUAGGGCCAGGUGUGAUUAUGAAGCUUUUCCCAAAGAUCUAGGAGUGGCUAGAAGGGGUAAUGCAGUCAUUGGAGUGGGGGGCUGGAACAUUAUGAGUGCUCAAUAAAUAUGAAAUAAUGAGAAUGGUAGCGGUGGUGAUGAUGUCCUUGUGAAUUCAAAAAUGAAUAUGACUGUAAGUCAAUCACGUCUGUGGCUGAAUUAAUCUGAACCAGUCAAAAGCCAUUAUACUUGAGCAAGAAUGG